GAUGGUGUAUAUAUCUGAUAUCCGCGACGCGCGACCCUUCAGUACGUCCUGCGUCAUCGUACGUUCUGUUACGCUGUCGGUCGGAGCGGCGUUGUAGCUUUUAGUCCGCGAUCGAGCUUGUGACAAGUCGCGCGUGUUAUUUCAAAUCUACAAUACUUUACCUCUUUUUUAUUUUUUACUUCAAACUCAGUGACAAUGAAUCGUAACAAUAUUGCUAAUUAUUCCUUAAUCAUCAAAGAUGUUGACACCAUUUACAGCUAAAUCUAUAACUAUAUUUAAAAAUAAAUAAUGGGAAUUGUACGGAAAUAGUUCCAAGACACAAGAAUUUUCUUAACUGAGCAAGGAAUUUACUAAGAAAUUAAACAGACUGCCAUCAGAGAAUAGAGACUAGACUCACGACUACUCCGGCCAGAGAUAAAAUGACUGGAUUCAUCUAGGUUAAUACAAUAAAAAUUUAUAUCAGCCAAAUAAUAUGCCAAAGAUAAGUUAGCUGCCAAAUUAAAUACUAAAUAAAAAGGAUCAUAAAAGUUUAAACUAUUGUAAAAUAAUACGCUGUUUUUAUUGAGUAAACAAAAUAAUAAAAAAAGUACCCGAAAAGACAUUGUAAUAAAAACAAGAAUAAAAAUAUAAAAACGAAGUAAAGUAAAGAAAAGUAAAGAGGAUAAAGUGAAUAGAAGAGAUCGAAGUGUGAUCCUAUAAAUAUUCAAGUCAAGUCGAGGAAUCUCGAAAAGAGAAUAGGAGCCGAAUAUAUAUUGUCCUACGAUAUCGAAUUCCUCUUUAACACGAGUGACGAGGAAAGAGAAAGAGAAAAGGACAGAGGAAGAUAUGGAGGAGGUGGAAUCCAUGUCGUAUAAGUGAUUGGGAAGAGUUUUUUUUUCAUUCAUCACUCGAUAGCGGAGCUAACAGAGAAAGAGCUAUUAAGUAUUAGAGGAAAAGUUAAUAAAGAAGAGGAGAGACUGAUAGACAGAAAGACAGAUAGGCAGCUGUCUAGUAGAUAAGAGGACAAAUCCGGUCUCAGAGCCGGAAGUAUUUAGUGCACUUAGAAAACAGGGCGCGUAAUGGUGUCAGGGUGGUGCCCAUGUGUGCCUCUCGGGCGUCGGGAGUCAUCACGCUCGCAUCCGACGAAUUCUGGCGGCCCUUACACCGUCAGUGCCGCCACAGAUCACGCUGAGAUGGUCCAGAUGUUUUAUUAUGAAAAUCGCGGCAAGUGUUGCAGGAAAUUACUCAGAUACAACGGAUACCCUAAUAAGGUUCUCUUAUUUCCAGAAGAAGGAUGGGCAAGAAGUGCAAGUAGUUCUUAUUGGACAUUGACACCUUUUUGGUGGAGUCGAAGUCGAUGUAAAGUCGUGGAAGUUGCUGGAACAAGAAGAUACACAACCCAGGCGAAGAUGGUGGACACAGGAACAGGAACCCUCUACAUCAUUGGGUCGUUCAAGCGACAGACUGUUGAUCCUGAUUUCAAGUUGUACCUGACAUCAAAUGUAACAUCGAGUGACUUCAACAUGGGCUACAGCAUGACCGGUACCUUAGAGCGAGGUUGUAAAAAGACAAACACAUUCCAGAUGACACAUUUUGCGGUGAUACGACGACGAGAUUAUGAGAAAGCAUAUGAAGACCCAAAUCCUACCUAGUGUUCGUCACCACCCACACACUCGGAGUGUGGGGAUUACGAGCAUUACACAUAAACUACCAAGUGUCAUAAGCCAUAAGAUUAUUUAAACAAAAAAAGAAAAAAAAAAAAAAAACGAGUGACAAAAGCAUCGAAAGUAGAACCAAAGGAAAAUCGCAAAUAAUUUGCAUCAAGUGUCUUUAACCUAUUAUCCAUAAAAAAAAACCAAAAAACAAAGAACAAAAUGAAUGUAAGAUUACUUUCAGUUAUUUUGUAUUUCGGAGCGUAUGUUUUUUGUUAUUUCUUUUGGGAUUUUGCGGAUGUUCAAGGUAAAAUUCAAAGAAUUCUAGUCACGCGAUCGGUAUGCCAGACAAAAUCUCUCAAACUCGUCACGUCCGUCGUGACACUUUCGUCUUUAGAAGAAUAGCCCUCGAUCGACGAUUCAACUCACCCCUGUCUCUUUAUCUGGGCCAGGGGACUGCCAUGCUCAUGAUCGUUAAUCCCAGCAGCGCAGGAGCGAGGGAGAACGGAGAACAGAGAAAGGAAGAAAUUAAGGGGAAGAAUGACAGUGGAAUAACAGAAAAAACCCUCUGUCCUUUUCUAUAAAGUUUUAUUCUAAAUCUUAAAAGCUCCGGGUCAGGUUUUCUCUCUCUCUUUUUUUUUUUUUUUUUUUUUUUUUACGGUCCAAGUCAAAGAAAGUCUGACCCUGAUGGUGGUGAGUCGAUCCGCCGACAGAUGAAAAUUGAUAGUGCCGAUAAAAGAAGAGUCUAGUUGACUGAGGAGGCUAACUUACAAUCGAUUAUUUAGAAACGUGUGGGCUCAUUCGUUUCUGCUGUGAAAAAUUUACUGUGAACUUUUUUUACUUUAGUUAUUUAUAAUGAAACUAGAGCUAAAAAAUAAUAAUAAAAAUAAAAAUGCGUAAAAGCAAAAUAUCCCGUAAGCGAAACGUCCAAUUGUAGUAUAUGUAUGAUUAUAAUUGUAAUUAUUUGUUAUUUUUAAUGCUAUGAAUGCAAAACUAAUUACCAAAGUACUAGCAUGUAAGGCCAAAAAAAAUUUUUUUUUUUUUUAUUAUUAUUACGACCAUGAAUAUUACUAUUUAUUAAUUUUUAUAUUUUACUUCGCUGUUUUCAUGCCGUGACUGCUGUUUUAUUAUUUCAGACACGAAUAGUCUGGACUGAUAAAAUAUUGCGUGCGAAGCUAGCUCGUCAAACCAAGACUUUUGUUAAAUUUAUUUAUAAGUGAGUGUAAAUAUAUCUAGAUUCAUUUACUAAAAAGUCUCGUCAUCGGGGUUAUUUAUGUUAAGCACAAUUUUAACUAAUUGUUUUGAAAUUUAAAAGAAUUUUCUAAACAAUGAGUAGAAAUUUACAAUACGAUACUUGAAAAAAAUUUUUUUUGUUUGCUGCGAAAAAAUUUAAUACGCGAUUUUUUUCGCGAAGUCGUUAUUUAUUGAUCUGAGGAUAUUAUGGUCAGCUGCUGCUAAAAAAAAUAAAUAAAUUAUUGCAGCAUAAAUUACGUCAUUGAAAAAAGUCGAAUAAAAUAGAUAUUAAAAGGUAAAAAAAUUUAGGAGGCUGUAAAGUAAAAGAUCCAAUUCGUAUUACGAUAAGCUUACCACAGUUCUUCUCCAAAAUCUGAAAUCCU